AUGUCUCGAGCGCCCAAUUAUGAGUUUCAGGAAUGGUGGAACAAGCAAAGGGAGAAGAACCACGAGCUUUUCACGAAUGAUAGUAACAAUCCUAAUAACGGAUUUCUAACCGUCGAGAUCUGCAGUCCCAAUCCUGAUCGUACGGCGGAGAAAGAUCGCGCCAGAAGCGCACGCCAGCUUUCCUGGGUUUGCCUCUUGAGAUUCCAGCAACUCGCUAACUCCCUUGCGUGGAUCACAAACGCCUCCAUUCUCCUCCUCCGUACCGCCAACCGUCGAAUCUCCUCCGCCGAUUCCCCCUCCGAUUCCUCUGCUUCAAGGCUCUAUCGUAUCAUAAAGUUCUUUCUGUUUCUGGUGGUUCUUUUGCUUUGCGUGGAGCUAGCCGCGUAUUUCAAGGGAUGGCAUUUCAGCCCGCCGUCGGUGGUGUCGGCGGAGGCGGCGGUGGAGCUCGUUUACGCCAAGUGGCUGGAAAUCAGAGCCGAUUACUUGGCACCGCCGCUGCAAAGCUUGGCGAAUGUGUGUAUAGUGCUGUUCUUGAUUCAGUCGGUGGAUCGUGUGGUGUUGAUGUUAGGAUGUUUCUGGAUCAAAUUUAGGAGAGUCAAACCGACGGCAACGAUGGAGUAUCCGGUGGGGAGAGUAGAAGGAGAAAAUGUAGAGGAUUAUCCAAUGGUGUUAGUACAAAUUCCUAUGUGCAAUGAGAGGGAGGUUUACCAACAAUCUAUUGCAGCAGUUUGUAUUAUGGACUGGCCAAAGGAAAGAAUGCUGGUACAGGUUUUGGAUGACUCCGAUGAUUUGGAUGUUCAGCUCCUUAUCAAGGCAGAAGUACAGAAAUGGCAACAAAGGGGUGUGCAUAUAUUAUAUAGGCAUCGUCUUAUUCGUACUGGCUACAAGGCGGGGAAUCUGAAAUCUGCAAUGAGCUGUGAUUAUGUGAAAAAAUAUGAAUUUGUUGCAAUUUUUGAUGCUGAUUUUCAACCAGUACCAGAUUUCUUGAAGAAAACCGUUCCUUAUUUCAAGGGGAAUGAUGAUCUAGCAUUGGUUCAAACAAGGUGGGCGUUUGUAAACAAGGAUGAGAACUUACUUACAAGGUUGCAGAACAUAAAUUUAUCAUUUCACUUUGAGGUUGAACAGCAGGUCAAUAGUGUGUUUAUCAACUUCUUUGGUUUCAAUGGAACCGCUGGUGUGUGGAGAAUUAAGGCCCUUGAGGAAUGUGGUGGAUGGUUGGAACGAACAACUGUUGAGGACAUGGACAUUGCUGUCCGUGCUCACCUUUGUGGAUGGAAGUUUAUAUAUCUGAAUGAUGUUAAGUGUCUUUGUGAACUUCCUGAGUCCUAUGAGGCAUACAAGAAACAGCAGCACCGCUGGCAUUCAGGUCCUAUGCAGUUGUUCCGCUUGUGCUUUGUUGAUAUACUUCGCUCAAAGGUAAGUAUGGCCAAGAAAGCGAAUUUGAUAUUUCUGUUCUUUCUCCUACGGAAGCUUAUUCUGCCCUUUUACUCGUUCACCCUGUUCUGCAUCAUUCUACCAUUGACAAUGUUCCUGCCAGAAGCUCAGUUACCAGCUUGGGUUGUUUGCUAUGUCCCUGGGAUUAUGUCUGUCUUGAAUAUCCUUCCAGCACCGCGAUCAUUCCCGUUCAUAGUCCCGUACCUUCUAUUUGAAAACACCAUGUCGGUGACAAAGUUCAAUGCCAUGAUAUCAGGGCUAUUUCGUUUUGGAAGUUCUUAUGAGUGGAUAGUUACGAAAAAGUUGGGGAGAUCAUCAGAGGCUGAUCUUGUUGCCUAUGAGAAGGAAUCAGAUACAUUAGUUGAAGCUACUAGUCUACUGAGGUCCUCCUCAGAUUCUGGCCUUGAAGAGCUUAGCAAACUAGAAGUAACCAAGAAAAGUGUGAAAACCAAGAGGAAUCGUCUGUACAGGAAAGAACUUGCCCUUGCAUUUAUCUUGUUAACUGCCUCUGUGAGAAGCUUGUUGUCGGCCCAAGGAAUCCACUUCUACUUCCUAUUAUUUCAAGGAGUUAGCUUCCUAGUUGUAGGUCUUGAUUUGAUUGGAGAACAGGUGAGUUGAGCUGCUGAUGCUCAAGAGUUGUUUGCAUCCCAGGAGGAGUUUCCCUGAAAUACAGGUCACAUUGACACAGCCUUUAAUCAAUAGCUUUGUGCGUAAUAGCCUCCACGGAUCAUAAAAGCGAUUUGCUGUUAAUGGUUCUGGAAUGAAGCAGUUGAUUCAUUUGUGCAUGGCACAUGUUUCUGGUCUAUUUAUAUACUUAAUGGAUUAGCAUACCAUUAUGGUUGCCAAGCAACAUGCCAUUGGUUAAUAUAAACUUGUACCAAAAGGUUUUGAAGAUAGAAAAGAGAAGCUUCAAAACAAAGGGUGGGAGGAUGGAAUUUCCCAUCCAGCAGAUUUAUUUUGUGUAAUGCAUUGUACACUAGCUUGCCAUUGACACGUGAGUGAGGCCAGCAUCAUUGCUGUCAUUCUUUAAUUUUGUCAGCCAGAUUUGUGUACCGAGUACGAUUACAGUAUAAUCAGUUUUGAGAUUUAAUUGA